AAGCUAACUAGUGCCGGUGAAUCUCUCAAUAGGUUCUACUCUUGUUGACAAUUUCGUUUUGGUUUCUCUUUUCCCCUGUAGAUUCAGGAUAUAGAUUGUUGAGGUGGCUAGGCUAGACUUUGGACCUUGUUCUUUUUUAUUCUUAUCUUCACCUUCAAACCUCAAAAGAUUUCAAGGACUUAGUUGUUUGUCUCAGUGAUCCCAUCUCCAGUUUGCGUGGAAAGAGUUGAACUCGACCCCCCCCCCUUCACCAUUCUGGGGUUUGUUGGGUUGGAGCAGAGAAGAGGCAAAGGAAGGUUUUUCAUAUAUUUUCAAAGGGCACUCCCUUAUUAAGCCACUUGAGAAAACUCUUGAGAUUUGUAAGAAAUUCUCAGCAUGGCUAUUCUGGAUCUCUUCAUUGCGGCCUCAAUUCCAGUGCUGAAGGUCCUAUUAGUUACGUCUCUUGGGUCCUUUCUUGCAUUGGACCGCAUUAAUAUUAUGGGAGGUGAUGCUAGGAACCAUAUGAAUAAAGUUGCGUUCUUUGUAUUUUUUCCGGCACUUGUGGCGUCCAACCUUGCCAAAACAAUUACAUAUGAAAGCAUGAAGAAGUUGUGGUUCCUUCCUUUAAAUAUUUUUAUUACAUAUCUCAUUGGUUCAGUGCUUGGAUGGUUGCUUAUAAAAAUCAGCAGACCUCCUUCCCAUCUAAGGGGCCUUGUCUUUGGUUGCUGUGCUGCGGGAAAUAUGGGGCCUAUGCUUAUCAUCAUCAUCCCAGCGGUCUGUAGAGAGAAAGGCAGCCCAUUUGGUGCUCCUGAUGUCUGUAGUACAUAUGGACUGGCUUAUUCUUCACUUUCUAUGGCGAUUGGGGCCAUUUUUUUGUGGUCAUAUGUGUACAAUAUUGUGCGGGUAUAUUCAAGACGGGGCACUGAAGGGAUUGAUGACUCCACAAGUAACUCUUCAGAGAUACCUUCAAAGGUACUCAAUGGGAGUUGCACAGAGCCUCUACUUUCAAAAGAUUUAACAGUCUUGGAUAACCAUGCUGACCGUUUUUCACUGCCACGCACUACAUUAGAGGCAAUACAACAGGUUUCAAUUUCAGUUAAGUUUAGACAAUGUUUAAAGAUGCUUUCUGAAAAGAUCAACAACUUGAAGGAAUUGUUGACACCUUCUACCAUUGCAGCGAUUGCUGGGUUUUUUGUUGGAGUAGUCCCUCAAAUCCGAAGGUCGAUGAUUGGUGAAAGUGCUCCUCUUCGUGUCUUUGAAGAGUCAGCUUCUUUGCUUGGUGAGGGAGCCAUCCCAGCUAUCACCUUGAUAAUGGGAGCAAACCUUCUUAGAGGUUUACAAGGGUCAGAUAUUCGUGCAUCCCUUAUCGUUGGGAUCAUUGUAGUUCGUUAUAUUGUACUCCCACCAUUGGGCAUCCUCAUUAUUAAAUGGGCAUUGCAUUUUGGCCUGCUGCACCCAGAUCCAUUGUAUAUGUUUGUUCUUCGUCUUCAAUUUGCAGUCCCACCAGCAAUGAACAUAGGAACAAUAACCCAAUUGUUUGGUACUGGUGAGAGAGAAUGUUCUGUUAUUAUGCUAUGGGCCUAUGGAUUAGCUUCGGUUUCACUUACCCUUUGGUCAACCUACUUUAUGUGGCUUGCAGCUUGAUAUUGCUUCAUCCUGAGGUGUUUUGACUAACUAGAAACCUCACAACCAAGCAUGCACCAUUUCAGCCUUCCAGGGGCAAAUCUUUUAUUUUUUUUUAAGGGGGUGGGGGGCAUUUCAUCAAUACAUGUUGAUGAUGAUGCUGCCAAUUGCACCAUGAGAUGGCACGAAAUCUAACUGCAACCACUUGGAAUAGGGCAAUUUGACUUCUUCUUUUCCAAAAGAGGAGGAAAGGUGCCAAGGGGUUUGUUUUGUCUUUUGCCUUUUUUUUUUUUUUUUUGGGCUGUGAUAAAUCAAACACUAUAAUCUCAGGAUUGCCUGUGAUUAUAUGUAAUUUUGUAUAUGGCUUCGCUAUAGUGAAUGUAAUG